AUGUUUUGGCGUUUUGGAUUUCAUAAUCCUUCAGCUGUAGAUACUUUACUUGAACGCGAAGAUAUUACAUUGGAAGAAAUAUUGGAAGAAGAGGAUUUAUUACAAGAAGCCAAGUCUCAUAAUCAAAAGCUUAUCAAUUUUUUAUGUCAACCUUCUAACUGUGAAAAAUUACUCUAUUAUAUUACAGCCAAUGAUUUAGAAGAAGGUCAAAAAUUCAAGUAUCCAUUCUUAUGUUCUGAAAUCAUAGCAUGCGAAAUCCCUGCAUUGGUAGAAAUGAUUAUAUUGGAACAAAAAGAACUACUGGAAAAAUUUUGGCUCUUUUUGGAUCGACCUAUACAUCAAACUUCGUCUGAUAGUGAACAAGAAAAAGAUAAUAACGUGGAUCAUGGUUUGGAAUCUUUAUUAUCAUCUUAUUUUGCGAAAACUAUCACAGUUUUUCUAACAAAACAACCUGCUGAAAUGCUAGAAUUUAUCGAAUCCAAACCUGAAAAUUUGACCAAAAUUCUCAAUCAUCUUCAUAGUUCGGCUAUUAUGGAUUUAUUACUCACUUUGGUCCGUAUGGAAGAAUUACCUGAAGGAAAAGGCAUUGUACAGUGGUUAAGUGAUGGUGGCUUGAUGGACAAUUUAAUUGAUCGCCUAAAUCCUUAUUUAGAUACUGAAGAACACUCUAUUGCUCAACAAUGUAUCUGUGAAAUUAUUCGCUUGUCACAAACUAGUUUAUUAGAACAACCUAGUAUUGGAUUAAAUGAUUUGAUCAUCAAAUUGAAAAGUGAAGCAGUGAUGCGAAAAUUGGCUGGUUUUAUGCUUGAUCCAAAAGCUCCAAAUGCUACUUCUACUUUGAUUAAUGGUGUUACUAUUAUUAUUGAUUUGAUUCGACACAACAACAGUGAUAUGGAAAACGAUCCCAUGAUUGGAAAUAAUUAUGGCUACACUGGUAACAACAAUCCAAUGGUUCGUCCCACCCCAGUCUCAUUGGCCGAUAUGCUCAAAGUACUUUCUGACCAUGUUGUGGACUUUAACCGACUUUUGACUGAACCAAGAUCUGUGACUGGACCUAUGCGUACAUCUAUUGGUGAACAAACCCCACUUGGUUUUGAAAGACUCAAGAUUUGUGAACUCUUUGCCGAAUUAUUACAUUGUUCCAAUAUGUCCAACUUGAACGCAAUCGAAGAAAAAGUAAGAGACAGAACAAGUGAACUCAAGGAACCUGAAGUACAAGAUUUACCUAUGGGUGAUUAUCUCAAAUGGCAAUUGGUACAACACAAGGUGUUGCCAACAUGUACAAGUUUAUUUUUUGCCUUUCCUUGGAAUAACUUCCUUCACUAUGUUGCCUAUGAUAUGUUACAUCAAGUUUUUAAUGGCCGAAUGGAUAGAGGGUAUAACAGACUUCUUGCAUUAUCUAUAUUGAAGGAUGGUCAACUUACAACAAGGAUGGUCCAGGCUCAAAAAGAAAAUGAUGAAGAAUGGGCUAAGCCAAAAGGAAUGCGAUUAGGUUACAUGGGUCAUUUGACAUUUAUUGCUGAUGAAGUGAUCAAAUUAUUUGAAGGUUAUCCUGAAGCUAUUGUACAAGAUAUCAAGGAUGAUGUGGAUUUGGAUAGUUGGUAUCAAUAUUGUGAAACUGAACUCCGGGAAACCAAAGAACGUGAUUGUUUACCAUUGGGUGGGGAUCGACCUAACGAUGAGGAUGGUGGUAUGCGUGAAGAUGAUGACGAAGAAGAUGAAUUGGAUGGUGCGACUGCUAGUCAGUACUCCCAAUAUCUUGCUCAACGUGCAGCUGAUGGUGGAUUAGAAGAUGAUGAAGAUGAUGCUCAUUGGAUCACAAAUGACAAUAUCUAUGGUAAUGCUUUUGGUGUGAUGGGUGAUGGACACAAUCAAGUUGGUGGUAUUGAUGAUGAAGCAGAAUAUGACAGUGAUGAAGAUGAAGUCAUUACUCAAGAUUGGUCUCGUGGUUUUACUGAAUUCCCUCAGGCAAAUAUGCUUCGACGUACUCAAAGUCAUGUUGAGGAUGAAUAUGAUGAAGGUGAAAAUGGCGAUUAUGACCAUGUGAAGGAUGGACGACAGCAACAAAAUACAAUGAUGAAUCAUAACGAUGAAGAAGAGGAUGAUCCUUUUGGUGAAUUUGCAUCCAGUGAUAACGUGGGUCAAGACGAUGAUGAUAGCGCAUGGGCGGUGUCUACUACGAUGGAACAAAUGGAUAUUUCCGCGGAUAAAGGAAAGGAUAAUGUUGGAUUUGAUCAUAUUCCUGAAGAUCAUUAUGUACGCGCCAUUCGAACAAAAGAAGAAGAUGAACGAUAUAAAAAGGAAUAUCAAGCUGGACAAGAUGAAGAACAAGAAGGAGAAAUAUAG